AUGGCCAACCGCGACGAGUGGAUUCAACUGAGCGCUACGAGAGACGAGAUCGUCCGUAGCAAUAUUUUCGUCAAGCUUGAAGAUGGAGACGGAUGGAAGUCGAAACCCGAAAUUCCCACGGCCAAGGAAAUCCUCCUGCUCCAGAAAGAGGCCGAAGGUCUGCCUGAAAAUGAUGUAAGGCAGCCCUGGAAAUCCAAAGAGGACUACUUGAAGGCUCAGUACGAGAUCCUUCGUCGCGAGGGCACUGAAGGUUUGCGAUUCGCAGUCAAUAACUACAUCUACAACAACAACCACGGACUGCGCCAGGAUGACGAUCAGCACAUGUUCGUUUAUACCCAGGUUCGCAUCAAGUCGUACAUUAUGACAACACUAGGACCUCUUGCGCGUGUUGAGUUCAUGCCGCAGCGAGCCAUCAAAUGGCUGAAGUCCGGUCGCCUAAAACCCGGCAGUCUUCUUGCCCUCACCACCAAAGCCGACAAGUUCAAGACCAUCUGCAAGGUCGCCGUGGUUGCCCAAAGGCCGUACUUACUUGGACUUGAUCAAACCCCUCCACUCGUCGAUCUCAUGUGGGGCAACCCAGAAGAUGCCGUCUUCGAUUGUGAUCUUGAACUUGUUAUGAUUGAGGCCCAACACGGCUAUUUUGAAUCCUCGCGUCAUUCAUUGGUCGGCCUGCAACUGGCUGCGCAGGCAGAUACUCCUAUCGACAAGUACAUCACCGGCAGUCACAGGAAAAAUGAGACACCACGCUUCAUAUACCAAAGCCCUAUUAUGGACUUCUCUUCUGUUGUGCGCCAACCCCUUGCGGACCUUGAGAAGCUCAAAUCCCUGCGCGAGUUCAAUGUACUCUCUGGACUCCUCCUAAAAGAUGUGGAAAGUAUCAGCUUUCUCGACGCCUCGCAACUAUCCGCUCUUCAUCGAAUGGUCUCCAAGGAGCUUGCCAUUAUCCAAGGCCCUCCAGGAACGGGGAAAACUUUUACCUCGGUGGAGGCAAUCAAAGUCAUGCUUGCGAGUCGCCGGAAGCGUCCAGGACACAACCCGCCCCUCAUUGUCGCUGCGCAGACAAAUCAUGCCUUGGAUCAGCUGCUUGGCCAUUGUCUUGAGGCGAACGCAAAGAUUCUGCGUCUUGGCUCAAGAAGUGAGAGAGAAGACAUGAGGCCUUACAGCUUGUAUGAGAUGCGCCGCAAAUGCUCCCGUGGUGGGGGUGGAAAGCGGUUCAGGGAACUGGAGGAUGACCGUCAUACCAACAUCGACAGAGUAGAGGCGCUGGUUAACAGUGUUUUUGGGGACAGUCUCAUCGACCCACGCCAGCUUCAUGCACAUGGCAUCAUUACCGAAGCGCAGCUGGAGUCUUUGUACGAUGAUGAAAUGGAGACAAGCCCGGAGUUGGAGAAGCUUGGUCCCUUUUCCUUAUGGUUGGGAGACUCACGAAUUCCGGCUCGGAUCGUUCGCGACAGGCAACCUCUCAUAUCCGAAACAUUGGAAGCUGACGAGGACUUCGAUUAUGAGCGCGACGUAGAGAACAUCGCGUACGAUGAAGAAGACGCAGACAGGAUAAACGGCAAGGAAAUCAAAUUGAUGCAUAUAUGGACCGGAAAAGAGCCUGGACACUUCAAAAGCUGGAAUCAUCGUGCACAACGCUUGCUCAGAGAGAAUGAUAACCUCUUUGAUAUACCCCAAGACUGGAGGGGUGCAGUUUACCAGCAUCUCCAGUCCAAACUGGUGCAAGCAACCACUCCGACGCUGGCUGGGCUGCUGGCCAAAUACGUUGAGAUAUGCAAGCAGCGCAGAGCACUCAAAGCCCGGCAAGAUAUUGACAUGGCCUUCUCACAAGAUAUUGCGGUCAUCGGCUGCACAACAACCGGCCUUACGAAAUACCGCGCGUUUCUGGCGGGGCUACAGCCCAAUACCCUGCUUAUCGAAGAAGCUGCCGAAACAAGGGAAGGAAACAUUACCUCGGCCCUGUACCCUUCCCUUCAGCAGCUCAUUCUGGUUGGUGACCAUGCACAGAUGUCGCCUAGAUGCGACAUUCGAUGGCUCGGUCAACAUCCGUACAACUUGAACGUCUCUCUGUUUGAAAGGCUCAUUAACCUUAAAAUGAAUCACAUCAUGCUCAAUCAACAGCGCCGCAUGAGGCCGGAGCUGAGACGCAUAGUCUCUCCAUUCUAUAAUAACCUACUCGACCACCCCAGUGUCCAAUCUCCGCAAGCACGUCCGGAUGUCCCUGGGAUGGGUGGGCGCAAUUGCUGGUUUUUCGAUCACGAAUGGAUUGAGCGAACGAAUUCUGACAACAGCAAACUCAACGACCAAGAGGCUGAGAUGAUCACCCUUUUCUUUGUGUAUCUUGUGUCUAAUGUGGACUCGUACCAGGGUGAAGAAAAUGAUGUUGUUCUCUUGUCCCUGGUGCGUAGCCCUGACCCAGUCUAUGGGCGCAACAUUGGCUUUCUUGACAACCCACACCGAGCUGUGGUUGCUAUCAGUCGCGCUCGGCAAGGGUUCUACAUAUUCGGCAACGUCAAUAACUUACUCGAGGCUAAAACCGAAUCAUCGUUUCUAUGGGGUCUCAUUUUCAAUAGAUUCGCCGAUCAGGGCAUGGUCAACCGAGAGCUUGGGCUUCCUCUGGUCUGUCAGAAUCAUGGAAAUGAAAUCUGGAUCAAGGAGCUAGAGGACUGGGCUGACAAUACUGGUGGCUGUCACGAAAGGUGUCGAGAGACUAGGCCUUGCGGCCAUCCUUGCACUCUGAGAUGUCAUGCUACCGCGCAUGAAAAUCUUCCCUGCAGCAGCCCAUGUUUCCAGAUCGUUCCUGAAUGUGGGCAUCCUUGCCACGGCCUUUGCGGUGAAAGAUGUUUCCACGACUGUGAGCGCUUCAGGCAAGCAAAAGCGUCGGUCAAGCAAGCGCAGAGGCAAGGUACAGACUCACCAAAGGGCAAGACCAUCGAAUCUCUUUUACUCCAGCAUGGCGCUCACGACUUUGGGCAUGAGGAGCCAGUCAAGCGCAAAAGUAUUGUAUCGACGGGAAGUCCUGGUCGUGGGCUUUAUAGUCAUUUCGGGGAGCUGCCAUUGCGUCCUAUUGGUGACAAUUGGAAGAAUGCCGAAGCCGUGAUCCAGCAACAGGACAGAAAGCUUGACGAAGAACUUGCAGAGAGGAACGAGAAGUGGCUCAGCCAGACUCAUCAUGUGCAAGAUCAAUGGAUGCCAACAGGCGUCACGGCUUCCGGGACUCGUAUUCGUGCUGGUCCAAUAAUCACUCAAACCCUCCAGCUUCUAAGCGACUUGCCGGCCAUGACCACCACAGCCGCUGUGACGGCUGGUUCUGGGAGCCAUUUGCGUACUGGCUCUGGUGCUGGUCCAAUCUUUGCGCCCACACUGAAUCAGUUCCCCAACAUCGCCCCUAUCGCUCAGCCUGAGCUUCUAAUUCAACUAGAGCAAGACGACUAUGCCGUCUCUGCGACUAAUAUGAAACAGACAAUAGGAGAUUUGGAGAAUGAUGGAGAAGAGGACUGGUUGAUUGACUUUGAGGAACCCGAAUAG